AUGGAUGUUAAAAAAGAAAAGUUGGAAGACAAAAAGUUAAUAAAAGAAGAUCAUAUCUUAACGGUGCUUUUAAUAACUCUCGCGAUACCAAUAUCAAUGUCAAUGUGGAUAAUAAAUAUAAUAUAUUCAAAAUUAUUGUUAAAUACUGAAGGUUUAGAUGAUCCAGUCAUUAUAUCACCUGGAAGAUGGUUGGCAGCCUGUUUGAUACCAGUGCCUUUUGCAUUAUUUGGUUACAAAAGAAAAAGUUUAAAUAUGAGCGGAGCAUUAUUUGGAUUUGUAGUAGCUUUCGUAUUAACACUGUCAAACUUUUGCUUCUUGAUAGAUAUGAUGGUGUUUUUCUUAUCAUCAUCUAAGGCAACACAUUUUAGGCCUCAAUUAAAAAAAAAGUUUGAAGCUGACUUCAAAGAAGGUGGUCAAAGAAAUUGGAUUCAAGUUCUUUGCAAUGGAGGGAUGGCAACUCAACUUGCUCUAUUGUACCUAUUAGAUGUUGGUGCAUCGGAGAGACCAAUUGAUUUUGUUAAAGAUUACAGAUCCUCUUGGUUGAGCAUUGGUGUACUUGGUGUGUUUGCAUGCACCAAUGGCGAUACCUGGGCUUCGGAAUUGGGGACAGUCUUAAGUAACUCAGAUCCCAUACUUAUUACCACUUGGAAGAGAGUACCGAAAGGAACAAAUGGGGGUAUUAGUCUUAUAGGAACCGUUGUCAGUACACUUGGUGGUCUCGCAAUAGGAUUAUCUCAUUAUUUAACUAUAAUAUACUUUGCUGAUAGAUCUUUACUUAUGUAUGCACCACCUCAGUGGCCGAUUAUAUUUUAUGGAGCAUUCGCAGGAUUCUUAGGUAGUCUUAUAGAUUCUAUACUGGGUGCAACUUUACAAUAUUCAGGAUUGGACAAGGAUGGAAAGAUUGUUUCUCACUCUAGCUUAACAGUGAAACAUAUCAGUGGAAAAAAUGUUUUGGAUAAUCAUAGUGUCAAUCUCUUGUCCACAAUCAUUAUGGGAUUACUUAUGCCUUCUAUGGUCAAACUUCUAUAG